AUGAGCUCGGCAACCACUUCGGUUAAGUUAGUGCUCUUGGGAGAGGCAGCCGUAGGCAAAUCUUCCCUUGUGAUGAGAUUUGUCUCCAACGACUUUCAGGAGAGCAAGGAGCCUACUAUUGGAGCAGCUUUCCUAACCCAAAAGUGUACUAUUGGUGAGAGAACGAUCAAGUAUGAGAUUUGGGAUACCGCAGGCCAGGAGAGGUUUGCCUCUUUGGCACCAAUGUACUACAGAAAUGCACAGGCCGCUUUGGUGGUUUACGAUAUCACAAAGCCUGCUUCUUUCAUCAAAGCAAGACACUGGGUGAAGGAGUUGCAUGAGCAGGCCUCCAAAGAUAUCACUAUUGCUUUGGUGGGCAACAAGUACGACUUGGUUGCAGACGAGAAUGACGACGAUGAUGAUUCGUUGAGAAAGGUGAGCGCAGAAGAGGGUAAGCUGUUGGCUGAUGAAGAAGGCUUGUUGUUCUUUGAAACUUCUGCAAAAACGUCGCACAAUGUGAAUGAUGUAUUUGUCGCCAUUGGCUCCAAGAUUCCAGAGGCCAAGCCAGCAGCCCCUGAAGCUUCCAGACCUCAAGAAGGAGGUAGAAUCGACUUGAGUGGUAACGCUGGUCAAAGAAAUGCCAACUCGAGCUGCUGUUAG